UUUUUUUUUUUUUUUUCUGAGUGUGUUUUAUUUUAUUCAUUUUUAUAUAAUUUUCUAAAACAUGGCCAAGAUUGUAUUUAACGAAGACGAGGAUAUUGUUGUCCCCGAGUCCACCAAGAAGGUGGUUGAUGAAGAUAUUUUUGACGCAUCGUCCUCUGAUGAUGAGGCUCCCGAAGCCAUUUCUACUUCCAAGGCCAAAGAUUCUGUCCUGUCUAAAGCUGUUGCGGCCAAGGAAGCCAAAGCAAAAGUGGCUGCCGAGGAAAAAGAAAAGCGUCGAUUAAGAGAUCAACUUUUAAAGGAACAAAAGGAAGGCAGUAAAAGACAAGCUAAGCUCAUUGAAAAGAAGACAAAAAAGGAACAGUCCGAAAAGGAGUUUUUGGCUAGAGAAGAAAAGCGAAAGUCAGCACAAGCAGCAAAGGAAGAAGCAGAUGAAGAGGAAGAAGAAACAAAUUUGUUACCUGAUGAUUUAUUAGCGCAAGCUUUAAAGGAAGAGGAGGAAGAAUCUAGAAAACGAAAGCAUGUGACGACGGAAGAAUUUGAAAAGAUGAUUGCUGAGCAAGAGGCACAAGAAAACAAAAAAGCCAAAAAGAGAAAGACCCAUCGCGAUGGAAGAACUGUGGGAGAAUAUACCGUUAAAGUCAUCAACAAUAGACCCAAGUUACAAAAGACAGACAAGCAAUUGGCCUAUAAGAGACUCGGUCAUUUGCAUAGAAACAAGGUGCCCAGAAAGGAAGCCGUGGUGAAUAUCAGUAGUGGUAGAGAUGGUGCUGCAUUGGUAUUCAACCGUAAAAAAUAGAACUCUUUUUCUUUUUGGCUUGUAUGUACAUAUUUUUUUAUAUAAAUAAAUAGAAUGCAGGG